AUGGCCAACCUUGCGCUCCCAUUAAUAACCUUGCUCGCGCUCCUGGGGUCCGUGGCGUGCCAAGGGCUUAGUGUCGGCUACUACAUGUACUCGUGCGCCAACGCGGAAAGCAUCGUCAGGGAGGCCGUGAAGAGUGCCAUAGCCAGUAACAAUGGCACGGGCGCCGGCCUCAUCCGUUUGUUCUUCCACGACUGCUUCGUUGAGGGAUGCGAUGCUUCUGUUCUCCUCAACACGACCGGCUCCGCCCAACCCACGGAGAGGGCCUGCGCGCCCAACCUGAGCCUGCGCGGCUUCGAUGUGAUCGACGCGGCCAAGGCGGAGCUCGAGGAUGCCUGCCCCGGCGUCGUCUCGUGCGCGGACAUCGUCGCCUUCGCCGGCCGCGACGCCACCUACUUCCUCAGCGGCAAGGCGGUCGACUUCGACAUGCCAGCGGGGCGCUACGACGGCCGCGUGUCGCUCGACAGCGCGGCCCUCGCCAACCUGCCGCCGCCGUUCGCCAGCCUGCAGGAGCUCAAGGACAUGUUCGCCGCCAAGGGGCUCGACACCGAGGACAUGGUCACGCUCUCCGGCGCGCACACCGUCGGCCGCUCCCACUGCUCGUCCUUCUCCGACCGCCUCCCGCCCAACGCCUCGGACAUGGACCCGGCGUUCGCCGCCGAGCUCCAGGCUAACUGCACGUCGCCGACCGGCGCAGACAACACGGUGCCGCAGGACUUCGAGACCCCCAACGUCCUGGACAGCCAGUACUACAGGAACGUGCUCAACCACGAGGUGCUGUUCGGGUCGGACGCCGCGCUGCUGGCGUCGAACCAGACGGCGGGCAUGGUGAGAGACAACGCGUUCACGCCGGGGCUGUGGGAGGCCAAGUUCAAGGCGGCGAUGGUGAAGAUGGGCCGCGCCGGAGUCAAGACCAGCACCGACGGCGAGAUCAGAAAGAAGUGCUGGAUGGUCAACUAA